AUGUUGGAUCAUACCGUACGCCAGGUGAACAUGACAUCGUGUUUCUGCUCGACAAAGUGCGGACGAGGCCGAAAAAAGCUCGGUAUCGUUAUUGUGCCCUCAGCCAGCAUCAACAGCAUAAUCUCGUGCGACUCCUCGUUGGACUUCGCUCCACCGACUUCACUUCCUGCAGCGGCUUAUUUAUUUGCGCAAUUACUUCACCGACACUGGUCAACUCACUGUACAGCUGACUUGAUGAUUGUCUACAUUCGUUCUUGGAGUCCGGACCGCAUCCGCAAGCCAUUCAUCGUUCCAGUUUAUUCGAAUUCCCUAGAACGUCUCCAGCGAUAUAGUCACCCGACGUCGGUGUCGUCGCGGGAACCGGUGCUCAUUGCUCUUCAAGCCGCCAUCCGGCACGCCAAUCGUUUGAUCGAAGCUGAAUGGACUGACAUGAAUACCUCGAUCCCACACUGGGCAAUGGGACUUGCCUGCGGAAUGGUAGCAGUAGUGAUUCUUUCCGUAUAUACUGCCAAUUGCAUCACGAAUCGUUUAGGCAGGCAUCCUCAG